UCCUCCACAAACUGCGACUCACUCAAGUCCAUCACAUCCUCCACUUUUCCACGAAGUCAGACUUUUUUUAACGGAACUCUGCUGUGUAUUCACACAUCCUGUAGAACAGCCAGCAUCGGGAAGCUCAGAGCACUCGGAUACUUUUCCCCCCUCAGCUGUAAAAUCUCUUCAUUCAAUGGGUCCGUGCGUGUUGCUGCUCUGCUCUGUGUUCGGAGCUCUCCUUGGCCAAGAAGUAGAGCAGAUCUCAGUAGAGGACUGCUGUAAGGAUGGACAGAAGCAUGGAAAAGACAACGAAGACUGUGCAUCCCUCCCGCUCAUCUCUGAGUCAACCAUAUGCAGGAUAGUGCAGGAACAGUGCUGUGUAACAGUGCUUGAGGAUAACAUGUGCACCACUGGUAUCAACAUGGCCAAAAACCAAGGAGUCUGCGAUUCCUUAUACACCAACACCUGCGAGACCAAGACUACAAAGUUGUGCUGUGACUGUUGUUUGCUGGGGAAGGCAGUCCAGGCGAAGGGCCAACCGUGUAAUCACACCCUGUCUGUGGGUUACCAGUGUGGCCUGGUGUCCCGGGAUUGCUGUAAGGAUGGAAGCUCGGCCCACCAGACUGCGUCCACAGGACAAACAGAAUUAUCAAACAAGGAUGAAACCAGCGAAAAUGGAGAGAAUUUAGUCUUAAGUGAUCAGUGCAAAGGGAAAUGUGCUCAUCGCUGUGUUGGUGUUGACACUUGUGCCUGCUUAAAAGGCUACAAACUCAAACCAGAUGGAAAGAGCUGUGAGGAUAUCAACGAGUGUUUGUUGGGAGCCAGCAACUGUCGGACAGGAGAGCGUUGUAUCAACACAGAGGGCUCAUUCCGCUGUCAGAGAGAGGUCAGCUGUGGGACUGGCUAUGAGCUCACCGAUAACAACAAUUGCAAGGAUAUUGAUGAAUGUGAGACUGGCAUCCAUAACUGUGGUCCAGAGUUUGAGUGCCAAAACACCCAGGGGUCAUUCCGCUGUCUCCCCAAGGUCAAGUGUGGAACCGGCUAUAUCCAGGAUGCUCUGGGCAUCUGCAUUGACAUCAAUGAAUGUGUUAGCCAGACAAGCCCAUGCCAGAGAGGGCAGUUCUGUAUCAACACAGCUGGCUCCUACAUCUGUCAGAGGAAUGUUGUUAACUGUGGUCGAGGAUACCACCUGAACGAAGAGGGCACGCGCUGUGUAGAUAUUGAUGAAUGCAAAGGGCCUGAAACGUUCUGUAAAGGUCAUAGUUGUGUCAACCAGAUGGGCUCCUAUCGCUGUGAUUGUGAAGGUGGCUACAUCUUCAACAGCAUGAGCCGAGAUUGUGAGGAUAUUAAUGAAUGCAUGCACUACCCUGGCCGCCUGUGUGCUCACAAAUGUGAGAACACAUUGGGAUCGUACAAGUGUGCCUGCACCACAGGCUUCAAACUAGCCAGCGAUGGCAGGAAUUGUGAUGAUGUGAAUGAAUGUGAGGACAACCCAUGCAGUCAAGAGUGUGCCAAUGUGUACGGCUCGUACCAGUGUUACUGUCGCCGGGGCUACCAGCUUAGUGACAUAGAUGGCGUGACUUGUGAAGAUAUAGAUGAGUGUGCCCUGCCAACUGGGGGUCAUAUUUGCGCCUAUCGCUGUCAUAACACCCCUGGCAGUUUCCACUGUUCCUGUCCUGUCACUGGCUACACCUUGGCACCCAAUGGGCGCAGCUGCCAGGAUAUUGAUGAAUGCUUGACGGGAACACACACGUGCACAGUGGAUCAGAGGUGCUUUAAUAUACAGGGAGGAUUCAGAUGCCUUUCCAUACAGUGUCCAAAUAACUACCGGCGCAUUGGAGGGACAGGGCCAAGGCUUGAAAGCUCGGACAACAUUCGCUGUAUGAAGACCUGUCAGCCCAAUGAUAUUGCCUGUGUUCUGGACCCCAUACACUCAGUGUCCCACACCUUUAUCUCCUUGCCCACCUUCAGGGAGUUCAUAAGGCCAGAGGAGUUUGUUUUCCUGAGAACCAUGGUGAAGGCUUAUGGAUCCUAUCACUUGGACAGUUAUGACGUCAAGUUUGACAUCCUGGAGGGCAACGUGGAAAACGCCUUUGACGUCAUCAAGCGGAUAGAGGAUGGAUUGUAUGUAGGUGUUGUUCGCCAGGUGAAGCCUCUGAUUGGACCUUUGACUACAGUACUCAAACUGUCCAUGCUCAUCCUGGUAAAUCAAGGUGACUCCAGCCAAAACAUUGUCAACGUUCACAUCUUUGUCUCUGAGUUCUGGUUCUGAGGGGUGUCUGCCAGAUUUUAUCACAUAUAUUAAGACAUCCCUUGUCAACACUGUACACAUUGAUUUUAUUAUUAUCAAUGCAUAGAUCAGUGUCGAGGUUUUAAUGUUACUGUGUUUGAUUACUUUUGAUAGUUUCUGAGAUGAAAGUCUACUAGCUGCUUCUGAUGAGAACACUAAACUUUGUUUUGAUGACAAGCUCAGCCUAAAGUGCACAGUGUUGGGUCUGGCAUGAUGAAAUCUAAAUAUGGUGAAGCUAUAUAUUAUAAAAAAACAAAACUCUUAAGAAAUCAGAGGAACUUUUAAAUUGAAAGUGCAUGUAUUUAGAAGGGUCAUUAAAGGAUAUGAUGACUGAAUUCAACAAUAUUCUCUUCAUGGCAUUAUAAGCCUUUGAUUUUGUAACAUUCACUUUUCCUGUCUCGCUGCAUGCAUUGAAUGAGGUUUCCCCUCUAU